AUGGGGGGUAAGCUUUUUCACGUGAGAACCCGACCUUCCACUUUGAUCCAAGCCCAGGCUCGACUGCAUCCAUCGCGGGUGUGCCUCGUCGCGAGUUCCGGAGAGUACGAUUUCGACCGCCUCUGGAGCUCAGUGCAGGCAAGCGCCAGUCAGCUGCUACAACAAAACCUGUCUCUGGGGGCCCGCGUGGCCAUCGUGGCAGAGUCCUCUCCCAUCGCCAUUGUGGCUCUCCUGGCUGUCCUCCACCUCGGUGCUGUGGCGGCCCCCCUCAAUGCCUCGCUGCCAACUGCGCGGAUUCACAGCAUCAUCCGCACCGGCAGGUUCACUCAUCUAAUUAAUCCGUCCUCUCGCUCCUCAGAUUUCGAGCUUCCAGGAGUGAUCAAUCUUGCUUUGGACCUGAGCCAGCCGACGUGCAAGUCCCCGGCAGCUCGGAAUCACUUCCCGGAGGUUGAUCCCCUGGCACCUGCCAUCGUCUUUUUCACAUCCGGCAGCACAGGAGAACCGAAAGGCGUCGUUCACAGCCAUGUAAGUUUGAGUACAAUGGCCGUGAACGUGGCCAAGGUCUUGGAAAUCGACUCCACCGUGCGUAAUUUCCUCUUUCCUUCUUUCGGCUGGGCCGUGAACAUCAUCGAUUCUCUGUCGACCCUGGCGGCAGGGGGGUGUCUUUGCAUUCCCACCGAAGCCGAAAAGUCUCACAGCCUGGAGGAGGCCAUUUCGCUGUUCAGUGCCACCCGAACCACACUGCCUUCGUCCGCCUUACGGAUCAUGAACCCCAGCGCUGUCCCGUCCUUGACUCGCGUCGUGCUCGCCGGCGAACCCAUACACUCAGACGUGGCGUCGAUCUGGUUGCCCCACGUGAAGGUCUAUUGGAACUACGGUUCUUCGGAGACGCUGAUGGUCCUCGCCGGGCUGGUCGGCGAGCAGAGCCCUGGGGCGCUAAACGCCGGUCGUCCGCUGGCCUGUUGUCGGUGCUCGAUCGUAGACGAGGCACGCUUAGAGGUCCCGACAGGCCAUUCAGGCCAGCUCGUUGUCGAAAGCCAUACCAACUUCAUGGGUUACCUGCGAAACGGCGAAAUCGAUGCACCUGACGACCAACCGAUCGGCCAUCCCGUCGUGGUCCAUUCGGGGGACCUUUUCAGUCAGGCGGGGCCAAAUGCGGUUCUGGUGCAUCACGGACGCAUUGAUUCACAAUUGAAGAUUGCGGGCCAGCGCUUUGAGCCGCAGGAGGUGGAGGAGAAGCUGCUGCUGGCGCUAGCUGACGUGAAGGAGCUGGCCGUUACUGUAGCGACCCUGAAGGGCAACUCCGAAGGACCAGUCCUCGUGGUCGUUGUGGUGCUCGAGCGCAAGGGAACGAGUGCGUCCUCGUCUGAGGCCCGACUGCGCUGCGCCUUCGAGUGGCUCGUUCAGACGCUGCCCCGCUACAUGAUACCCAUCGGGGGCUUGGAGGUUGAAAAGCUUCCCCGGCUGCAAAACGGCAAGCUGAAUCGAAAAGGCAUUAUUCACUUAGCAGAGCAGCAAGCAGUCUCCGACCUGAUGGACCUGCGACCUCCGCGUGGGGCGGACUCCCGCGAUCUGGACCCUAUCUUGGUUCGCAGGGUCGCCCAGGUUUGGGCAAGUGUGCUGGCUAUUGAGCUAACAGAGAUCAAGCCCACGUUAAGUUUUUUUAUCCUGGGUGGCAACUCCCUAUCCGCGAUGCGAGCGUGCAAGGAGCUGCGACGCGAGGGUAUACUCCUUGCCAUGUCCGACUUGUUUCUGCAUCCCACCUUGAGUGAGCUAGUAGACUUCAUCAUGAAGCACAACAAAACGAGGUCAUUGACGGAGCCUAGCCACAUAAAACGAAGCACGGAAUUCGAAGGCACGGCCCAAGAUAUUCUCCAAGAACUUCUACUGAGGGCAGCCAGGGACUGUGCCGUCGAUCCAAAGAUGAUUGAGGAUAUCUACCCUUGUACAGCUCUGCAGACAGGACUUAUGGCUCUGAGUGAGAUUCACGCAGGGGCGUAUGUGGCGGAACACGCCUUCCACCUGCCAGUCUCAUGGACUGUGGCAGCCUUCCAAGAGGCCUGGCUCCGAGUACUCGCGGGGACGCCUAUUCUGCGCACCCGCAUCAUUCGAGAUCCCAACGGCAGGUCACACAAUGUCACCCUGCGGCCGUCAGCGGACCCAGGAAUAGCUGUUCCGCAAGGGGCGUUGCCAGUCUUUGUGCCUCCCAUGAGCUGCGGGUCGCCCCUGUUCUGUCACUCUCUGGACACAGACCCAGAGCAUGAGAGGUUGAUCUGGCGCUGGCGAGUACAUCAUGCCAUCUACGACCGCUGGUCCACCCAUCUGAUUCUGGAUUUGAUGCAAAAAAUGUACAGGAAGGAGACUCCGAGCCCUUUGACUCCAUUCUCCCGAUUCGCCCGUGCCGCGGUUGAACAGGAGAGCUCCGAAGCCGCGAUCAGCUUCUGGCGGAACAAAUUCGAGUCAUUCAGUGGGACGGUCUUUCCUCAGCUGACCCUAGAUCAUGCGAAGUCUCGUGCCUCGGAUCAUCUCCCCUUCGAAAUCUCCAUUCCGCCGCGACGAUCCGCGACCACGCAGGCUACGACAAUCCAAGGGGCGUUGGCACUGCUGAUCUCCAAAGUUCAUGGCGAGUCGGAUGUGAUAUUUGGUACCACUAUUCACGGAAGAGCCCUAGCGAGUUGCCCAGACGCAGAGACAGUGGUGGGACCUGCCAUUGCCACGGUUCCUAUGCGCAUCCAAGUGGAGGGAACCACCUCAGUGGCGCAGUUUCUCGACGAAUUGCAAACUCAAGCGGCACUCGUGGGAGUCUAUCAGCAUUAUGGUCUGCAGAACAUCAAGGCACUAGGGCCUGGGCCGGCGGCGGCUGCCUCCUUCACCACUCUCCUGAUUAUCCAGCCCGAGAUGGAUGGAGAUGCCCCGGAUCCGCUCCACAUGAUCCACGAGAUCGAGCUCGGAACCGCAGAUGGCUACGUGGACUACCCUCUGGUUGUCGAGUGCUUUCCACAAGCCCAGAUUCUCAGGGUCAAGCUGUUGUAUGACCCAGUGGUCUUCUCCUCGUGGGAGAUGCAGAUGAUGGCUCAGCAAUUCAGUCACGCCUUUGACGCCCUACACACCACGCAGGAUCCGACAACAUUACUCCGAGACCUGAGUCUCCUGGAUAAGGAGAGCGUGCCCGCCGUUCUGCGCAUGAGCCGCGGCGAACUGAUUGACCACCGCGAGUGCCUCCAUGAACGAAUCUUUGCCAAAGCGCACGCUUGGCCGGACUCCGAAGCCCUUCACGGGUGGGACGCGCGGUACACCUACGAGGAGCUUCGGAGCCUGGUCUGGCGCCUGGCCUCGCGGCUCGCGCCCUUGCUACCCUGCAAGCCAGGGCAGAUUGUCCCCAUCUGCUACCCUAAGUCUGCCGCGGCCGUCGUGGCUAUGCUGAGCAUCCUGACAGCAGGCCACGCCUUCCUCCUGCUGGACCCCGCACUACCACCGCAGCGCAUCCGGUAUAUGAUCCAGGCGGCCAAGGCGGACCGCGUGCUCUGCACGUCUGCAACCCACCAUCUGGUGGCUGACAUCGGACCCCUUGUGGUCAAUUUCCAGAGCAUCUGGGACACUCCGUCCGUGGCGCCGGACGACGGUUUCUUCGAGCUGCAGACGUCGCCAGACCGCCCGGCCUACUGCAUCUUCACCUCCGGGUCAACGGGGGCCCCCAAGGGAGUGGUCCUGCUCCACCGACAGGUCACCAGCGGGCUCGAAAGUCAGAUCGCAGCCGGGCUUUACAAGCGCCAAUCUCGCCUGCUGCAGUUCGCAAGCUACAGCUUUGAUACGUGCAUUGCCGACAUCUUCGCGACCCUCCUGAGUGGGGGUUGCAUCUGCGUCCCACAAGAUGAGGACCGUCUGUUACGGCUAGCCGACAAUAUCAACGCAUUUGCCGCCACGGCCGUCGACCUGACGCCAUCCGUUGCCAGGAUGCUCCAACCGCACGAGGUGCCCGAUUUGCAAGUGCUGCGCCUUGGGGGUGAGCCGAUGCAUCAAUAUCACGUCCAGACCUGGGCGAAUCGCUGCAAUCUCCAGAACACCUACGGUCCCACCGAAUGUUGCGUGCAGUGCACGUUCGUUGACCGGGUGCCCCAAUUCUUGUCGCCAGCUGUCAUCGGCAAGAGCAUUGGGUGUCAUCUCUGGGUUGUUGACCCGCAAAAUCACAAGUUUCUCAUGCCGCUGGGUAUGGUGGGCGAACUGGCAAUUCAGGGUCCCGCGGUGGCUAAUGGCUAUAUCAACAACCCGGCCAAGACGGAGGCGCUGUUUCUCCCCAGUGCCCCGUGGCUCGAGACCUAUGGUAUUGAUUGUCUUUAUCUUUACCCGGUCUACUUGACAGGCGAUUUGGUUCGAUUUAACGAGCAGGGCGACCUAGUCUUUCUCGGCCGCAGGGAUAGCCAGAUCAAGAUCCGGGGCCAGCGCGUCGAGCCGGAAGAAAUCGAGCACGUCCUACAGCAGGAUGAGAGGACGGACCAAGCUCUGGUUUGCUAUCCCACCACAGGCGUGCUCGCGAUGCAACUGGUCGCUAUCCUUGAGCCCUCCCCUGCCGCCGCCAGACUGUGCGCGCAAGAUCAGCCGGGGGCGUGGAUGGAGCCCAUCGCCCGUAAGGCUGCCGAGUUCUUGCCACUGCACAUGGUGCCCGCUGUGUUUCUAGCAGCCGACCAGAGCUUAUUGAUGUCAUCCGGCAAAUUGGACCGUCGCAGGGUACAGACAUGGCUGGAACGGCUGGCGCUGGAGGAGCUCGAAGCCUUGCAUUUGUAUCAUCCCGCCUCAGCGAGGCCACACGAUGCGAAGUCCACCGAAACAGCCGCCGACCUGCCCGACGCCCUGACAGCACCCAUACUCAACCAAAUCCAGUCCCUUCUCGCAUGGAGAUCGCAUAUCGGUCCUCAAUCCGCCACAAAUCGUUCCCUUGUGCAUUCCUUCUCUCGUAUUGGGCUGGAUUCAAUCACCAUUAUUCCGUUCCUCCGGUGGAUCAACCAGACCCACUCCGUCCACUUGGACGUGCCCAGUCUUCUGCAUCUUGAUAGCGUGCAGGGACUCGUCUCCUAUCUCAGAAGUCAGCAGGCAAGCCUCCCGGCCAAGCAGAAGAAGCGCAGCGAUGAGAGGACGGAGGAUCCCGAGACCUUCGAAUCCAUGAUCCGUCAAGGGGUGGACCGGCUCUGCCAGAAGAAGCAUCCUAUUCCCCGCCGCGUGUUAUUGACCGGGGGCACCAGCCUUGUCGGAUUAAACAUUCUCACCCGCCUGCUCGAACGCUUUCCACGGACGCGGGUUGUGGUCCUAGUGCGCUGUAACACGGCCCACGAGGGUAAGGCCCGGCUUGUCGAGCGCGCCAGCCUCUUGCGGUCCUGGCGCCGCGACUUUACUCCCCGAAUCGAGGUUUGGCCCGGCGAUCUGAGCGCGACGCGGCUGGGGCUACUGCCGGCGCAAUGGGACGCGCAGCUGGGCGGACGAGGGGGUAACGCAACCAACUACGUAGACGCAGUUAUCCACAACGGGGCUGCGGUCGACUGGUUCGCGAACUUUGCGACACUUCAGGCAACGAACAUUGACGCGACGCUGCAGCUUGCGGAAUGCGUGCGAGACGCCGCCACUAUCACUCGACUUGUGUAUGUGUCCGGUGGGCCACAGUGGAUGCCAGACGAACCCGACACUGCGGCGUUGGAGCCGGUGACGGGGGAAAGCUCGGUGCAGCACCUCCACUCCAGCCUCGCCCAGUCCAACGCCUACGGGCGUACGAAGCUGAUCACCGGGGCAAUACUGCAACGCGCCGCCGCCCGCAGCAUGGAUCUAGCCGGCAAGGUGGCCGUGCUCCGCCCAGCACUUAUUAUCGGUGCUGCUGCCGAUGGGGUGGUCAACAUGGACGACUUCCUCUGGCGCGUGGUCCGCGGCUGCUGUGCCCUAGGGGCAUUUCCACGCGAGGACCCGGCGGAAGACUGGAUCUACCUCUGCGGCGCGGACUACUUUGCCAACCUGAUCAUCUCCCGGCUGACGGCCGUGCCGCGCCCCGGGGAGAUUAAGGUCCUUGCCGGCCUGACAGCCAGUCGCUUUUGGGCCAUCGUGCAGCAGGAACUUGGGGUCUCUAUGGAGGCCUUGGACGUCCCGACCUGGUUACACCGGCUGAAACGGAGCAUUGCCACGCAGACCACUCAUCACCAUUCCGCUACUGAAGUCCAUCCCUGUCAGCCGAUUCUGCAUAUGCUUGAGAGCUCCUCAUCUGGCCCGCUGGGCGCGGCCCGGCCUCGAAUCUGUGCGGAUACAGAACGGCGUCGCCGGAUGGAGGCGGAAGCGGCCCGCGUGGUGACGAUGAAUGUGCGGUACAUGCACAAGAUCGGCUCCUUCUCUACUGCUGAGGAGGCCUGGUCGGAUCAGGUUUUCCACCGAAAUAAAACACGGUAG